AUGCCCCUGCAGCUCCCCGCCAUGAAUUUCCGCAGCCACCGGCUCCUCCGCCGUUCCUCUGCGGCCGUGUCCAAGCCCCCCGUGGAGGUGAGCGGCGGCACGGGGGUCUCCGGCCCGGGGAGCAUCGCUCAGAUCAGCCCCUGCCUCUACCUCUCCAGCGGGAACGCCGCCGGCAGCCGCCACCUGGUGUACGCCCGCAACGUCACGUGCAUCGUCAACGCCACGCUGGAGAUUCCCAACUCCAACUGGCCGGACGUGGACUACGUGAAGGUGCCGGUGCCGGACCUGCCACACGCGCCACUCGCACUCUACUUCGACUCGGUCGCCGACCGGAUCCACCAGAACGGCAAGCGGAACGGCCGGACGCUGGUGCACUGCGUGGCCGGCGUCAGCCGCUCGGCGACUCUCUGCAUCGCCUACCUGAUGAAAUACCACCGGCUGUCCCUGCUCGACGCCCACCAGUGGGUGAAGACCCGGCGGCCCGUGGUCCGGCCCAACGGCGGCUUCUGGCAGCAGCUCAUCCAGUACGAGAAGAAGCUCUUCGGCAAGAACACGGUGAGGCUGGUGCCGUCGCCGCUCGGCCUCGUGCCGGACAUUUACGAACGAGAGACUCGCAGCCUCAUCCCGGUGUGGGGGUUUAGAUAAAAAAAAAUAUAAACAAUCUGUUCUCCACGGGACUGUGGGGGGGAAACACGAGACAACCGGAGCCAUCAUCACCACCCCGAUAACUCCCGACUCCAGAGACGCUUUCCGGAACUCCGCGCCGCCAACGAGAGAGACUGUAAACGGUGAGAAACGGUGAACGGGGGAGAUUUCCGCCACGCGCUCGGGUUUGUAGGAUCACGGCGCGCGUUUGAAGGAUGAGGAAUAAAUGCCGGGGAGGAAUAAAGGGGACGGCGCAGAAUCGAUGUUUCUGAAUAAAGACGAUUUACGAGAAAACGGUAACAUUUAUUUACAAAACGACAUUAAAAAGAACGGAUAAAAAAAAAAA